AUGGCGUCAGCGAAGAGGCGAAUAGCCAGAGGCGCAGAGCUGGCAGCAUGCGUGGCCCUGUGGUUGCUGUCGCCCGCAGGCGUCGCAGCCGCAGGCGGCUGGGGGACUUGGGAUUUGCAGCAACAUCAACAAGCAGGGGCAGCAGCAGCACGCGCUGCUGCCCCGCGCUCGGUGGCGACUCUGACUGCGAGUGGAAAUUUGUGGGGCCAGGACUUGGGUGUGCCCGGUUAUGAGGGCGACCAUCAGCCAGUGCCGUACGCACGUGGGAACACGAUAUUGGGGGACUCGACAUUGAAUGUAAAAGAUAUUUCAUUUCCACAUCAGGCCUCGCCGAGGAGCUCCUUUUUUCCAGUUGUUGGAAAUGCACUGCACGGCUUCCAGCACGUAGACACCGCAGCGCCGGCGCAGCAGCACCAACAGCAGCAUAUGACACUGGCGGAUUUCCCAAUCGAGGUGGAGUCGCAACAUACUGAUGCGAUGGGAUUGGGAGUGGAGAAUGUGCGGCGGGGGUUGCAGCUGGAUGCGAAGGGCUCUCUGUUGCAGGUUUUUGUCAAUUUUUUCAAAAAGCCACGCCUCUUCAAGUUGCUUGUUUUCGCUGCUGUCAUGCUCACAACGUUCUUCUUCGUCGGGAUAUUCGCCCGCAUUGCGCAGUUCGUCUUCGGCAUCUGGGCAGCGUUGAAGGUGCUGCAGCUGCUAGAAGAAGAUGAUGUUCCAGGAAAAGGGCCUAACCCAACACAGUUUAGCAACGCACGCCAUCCAGCACACACCAUGGAGUGA